AUGUAUUUACCCAUAUCUCUUUUGUCUGCAGGCGGCUGUUCCUUUGAUGAGCACUACAGCAACUGUGGUUAUAGCGUGGCCCUGGGGACCAAUGGGUUCACCUGGGAGCAGAUUAACACAUGGGAGAAGCCAAUGCUGGACCCAGCAGUGCCCACAGGAUCCUUCAUGAUGGUGAACAGCUCUGGGAGAGCCUCUGGCCAGAAGGCCCACCUUCUCCUGCCCACCCUGAAGGAGAAUGACACCCACUGCAUCGAUUUCCAUUACUACUUCUCCAGCCGGGACAGAUCCAGCCCAGGGGCCCUGAACGUCUACGUGAAGGUGAACGGCGGGCCUCAGGGGAACCCCGUCUGGAAUGUGUCCGGGGUCGUCACCGAGGGCUGGGUGAAGGCAGAGCUCGCCAUCAGCACCUUCUGGCCGCAUUUCUAUCAGGUGAUAUUUGAAUCUGUCUCUCUGAAGGGUCAUCCUGGCUACAUCGCUGUGGACGAGGUCCGGGUCCUCGCUCAUCCGUGCAGAAAAGCACCGCAUUUUCUACGCCUGCAAAAUGUCGAGGUGAAUGUGGGGCAGAACGCAACGUUUCAGUGCAUUGCUGGCGGGAAGUGGUCUCAGCAUGACAAACUUUGGCUCCAGCAAUGGAAUGGCAGGGACACGGCCCUCAUGGUCACUCGUGUAGUCAACCACAGACGCUUCUCGGCCACUGUGAGUGUGGCGGACACCGCCCAGCGCAGCGUCAGCAAGUACCGCUGUGUGAUCCGCUCGGAUGGGGGGUCCGGCGUGUCCAACUACGCAGAGCUGAUUGUGAAAGAGCCUCCCACGCCCAUUGCCCCCCCGGAGCUGCUGGCCGUGGGGGCCACCUACCUGUGGAUCAAGCCCAAUGCCAACUCCAUCAUCGGAGAUGGCCCCAUCAUCCUGAAGGAGGUGGAAUACCGCACUACCACUGGCACCUGGGCUGAGACCCACAUUGUCGACUCUCCCAACUACAAGCUGUGGCACCUGGACCCCGAUGUGGAGUAUGAGAUCCGUGUGCUGCUCACCCGGCCAGGCGAGGGGGGCACAGGGCCACCAGGGCCUCCCCUCACCACCAGGACCAAGUGUGCUGACCCGGUGCAUGGGCCACAGAACGUGGAGAUUGUGGACAUCCGAGCCCGGCAGCUGACCCUGCAGUGGGAGCCCUUUGGCUAUGCAGUGACCCGUUGCCAUAGCUACAACCUCACGGUGCAGUACCAGUAUGUGUUCAACCAGCAGCAGUAUGAGGCCGAGGAGGUCAUCCAGACCUCUUCCCACUACACCCUGCGGGGCCUGCGCCCCUUCAUGACCAUCCGACUGCGGCUCCUGCUGUCCAACCCAGAGGGCCGGAUGGAGAGCGAGGAACUGGUGGUGCAGACCGAGGAGGACGUUCCAGGAGCUGUUCCUCUGGAAUCCAUCCAAGGAGGGCCUUUCGAGGAGAAGAUGUACAUUCAGUGGAAACCUCCCAAUGAGACCAAUGGGGUCAUCACACUGUAUGAGAUCAACUACAAGGCUGUUGGCUCACUGGACCCAAGCGCGGAUCUAUCCAGCCAGAGGGGGAAGGUGUUCAAGCUCCGAAAUGAAACCCACCACCUCUUUGUGGGCCUGUACCCGGGGACCACCUACUCCUUCACCAUCAAGGCCAGCACAGCCAAGGGCUUCGGGCCCCCAGUUACCACUCGGAUCGCCACUAAAAUUUCAGCUCCAUCGAUGCCCGAGUACGACACAGACACUCCACUGAAUGAAACUGACACCACCAUCACCGUGAUGCUGAAGCCGGCCCAGUCCCGCGGAGCCCCUGUCAGUGUUUAUCAACUGGUUGUCAAGGAGGAGCGACUUCAGAAGUCACGGAGAGCAGCUGACAUCGUUGAAUGCUUUUCUGUCCCGGUGAGCUACAGGAAUGCCUCCAACCUUGAUUCUCUACACUACUUUGCUGCUGAAUUGAAGCCUGCCAACCUGCCCGUCACCCAGCCAUUUACAGUAGGUGACAACAAGACAUAUAAUGGCUACUGGAACCCUCCUCUCUCCCCACUGAAAAGCUACAGCAUCUACUUCCAGGCUCUCAGCAAAGCAAAUGGAGAGACCAAAAUCAACUGUGUUCGUCUGGCUACGAAAGGUGCCUCCACCCAGAAUUCUAAUACCGUGGAGCCGGAAAAGCAGGUGGACAACACCGUGAAGAUGGCUGGUGUGAUCGCUGGCCUCCUCAUGUUCAUCAUCAUUCUCCUAGGCGUGAUGCUUACCAUCAAGAGGAGAAGAAAUGCUUAUUCCUACUCCUAUUACUUGAAGCUGGCCAAGAAGCAGAAAGAGACACAGAGUGGAGCCCAGAGGGAGAUGGGGCCUGUGGCCUCGGCCGACAAACCCACCACCAAGCUCAGCACCAGCCGCAAGGACGAAGGCUUCUCUUCUAGUUCCCAGGACGUAAAUGGAUUCAAUGGCAGCCGCGGGGAGCUCUCCCAGCCCACCCUCACGAUCCAGACUCACCCUUACCGCACCUGCGACCCCGUGGAGAUGAGCUACCCCCGGGACCAGUUCCAGCCCGCCAUCCGGGUGGCCGACCUGCUGCAGCACAUCACGCAGAUGAAGAGAGGCCAGGGCUACGGGUUCAAAGAAGAAUACGAGGCCUUGCCAGAAGGGCAGACAGCUUCGUGGGACACAGCCAAGGAGGAUGAAAACCGCAAUAAGAAUCGAUACGGGAACAUCAUAUCCUAUGACCAUUCCCGGGUGAGGCUGCUGGUGCUGGAUGGAGACCCACAUUCUGACUACAUCAAUGCCAACUACAUUGAUGGGUAUCAUCGACCUCGACACUACAUUGCAACUCAAGGUCCCAUGCAGGAGACAGUAAAGGAUUUUUGGAGAAUGAUCUGGCAGGAGAACUCCGCCAGCAUCGUCAUGGUCACGAACCUCGUGGAAGUGGGCAGGCGCCCAGCGGGACACACUGUGGGAAACGCCACUCUAGGCCGCGCGGCGUCCCCCGGAAUGGUGAAGUGUGUGCGGUACUGGCCGGAUGACACGGAGGUCUAUGGAGAUAUUAAAGUCACCUUGAUCGAAACAGAGCCCCUGGCAGAGUACAUCAUCCGCACCUUCACGGUGCAGAAGAAAGGCUACCAUGAGAUCCGGGAGCUUCGCCUCUUCCACUUCACCAGCUGGCCUGACCACGGUGUCCCCUGCUAUGCCACUGGCCUUUUGGGCUUUGUCCGCCAGGUCAAGUUCCUCAACCCCCCAGAAGCUGGGCCCAUAGUUGUCCACUGCAGUGCUGGAGCCGGGAGGACCGGCUGCUUUAUCGCCAUCGACACCAUGCUCGACAUGGCGGAGAACGAAGGAGUGGUGGACAUCUUCAACUGCGUGCGUGAGCUCCGGGCCCAGAGGGUCAACCUGGUGCAGACAGAGGAGCAGUAUGUGUUUGUGCAUGACGCCAUCCUGGAAGCGUGCCUCUGUGGCAAUACUGCCAUCCCCGUGUGCGAGUUCCGCUCACUCUACUACAACAUCAGCAGGCUGGACCCCCAGACGAACUCCAGCCAAAUCAAAGAUGAAUUUCAGACCCUCAACAUCGUGACGCCCCGCGUCCGGCCCGAGGACUGCAGCAUCGGGCUCCUGCCCCGGAACCAUGAUAAGAACCGCAGCAUGGACGUUCUGCCUCUGGACCGCUGCCUGCCCUUCCUCAUCUCAGUGGAUGGAGAAUCCAGCAACUAUAUCAACGCAGCACUGAUGGAUAGCCACAAGCAGCCCGCCGCCUUUGUGGUCACCCAGCACCCUUUACCCAACACCGUGGCAGACUUCUGGAGGCUGGUGUUCGAUUAUAACUGCUCCUCCGUGGUGAUGCUGAAUGAAAUGGACACUGCCCAGCUCUGCAUGCAGUACUGGCCUGAGAAGACAUCUGGGUGCUACGGGCCAAUCCAGGUGGAGUUCGUCUCUGCAGACAUUGACGAGGACAUCAUCCACAGAAUAUUCCGGAUCUGUAACAUGGCUCGGCCACAGGAUGGGUAUCGUAUAGUCCAGCACCUCCAGUACAUAGGCUGGCCUGCCUACAGAGACACGCCUCCCUCCAAGCGCUCUCUACUCAAAGUGGUCCGACGGCUGGAGAAGUGGCAGGAGCAGUACGACGGGAGAGAGGGACGCACUGUGGUCCACUGCCUAAAUGGGGGAGGCCGCAGUGGAACCUUCUGUGCUAUCUGCAGCGUGUGUGAGAUGAUCCAGCAGCAAAACAUCAUCGAUGUGUUCCACAUUGUGAAAACAUUGCGCAACAACAAAUCCAACAUGGUGGAGACCCUGGAACAGUAUAAAUUUGUAUACGAGGUGGCACUGGAAUAUUUAAGCUCCUUCUAG